AUGUCGUCUCCUCCGUCUCUGUUUUUCAUUCCGAUCUUGCUCUGCUUCUUCUCCCAUUUCAAUGAAGCUACGACGGAGUUUGAUUUCUCAACGCUCGCCAUCAGCAACUUGAAGCUCCUUGGUGAUGCUCGUUUGAGCAAUGGAAUCGUUAGCCUCACGCGUGACCUCUCCGUUCCUAACUCUGGUGCCGGGAAAGUCUUGUACUCUAACCCCAUCAGAUUCCGGCAACCCGGAACUCACUUUCCGACGAGCUUCUCCACCUUUUUCUCCUUCUCCAUCACCAAUGUCAAUCCGUCUUCCAUCGGCGGCGGUCUCGCAUUCGUUAUCUCCCCGGACGAAAACACAAUCGGCGCCGCCGGAGGCUUACUGGGUCUGGUUGGUCCUGCCGGGUCGCCCGGUUCCAAAUUCGUCGCUGUCGAGUUCGAUACGUUAAUGGACGUCGAUUUCAAGGACAUUAACAGCAACCAUGUCGGAUUCGACGUGAACGGCGUCGUUUCGUCUGUUUCGGGCGAUCUCGGCACAAUAGACAUCGAUCUCAAGAGUGGCAACACCGUCAAUUCGUGGAUCGAGUACGACGGGUCGACCCGGGUCUUCAACGUAUCCGUCUCUUACUCGAAUCUCAAACCCAAAUCUCCGGUUUUGUCUUUCCCUCUCGAUCUAGACCGUUACGUGAACGAUUUCAUGUUCGUCGGAUUCUCCGGUUCCACUCAGGGAAGCACAGAGAUCCACAGCAUCGAGUGGUGGAGCUUCACUUCCUCAUUCGUGUCGGGUCCUGGAUCCAGACCCGUACCCUCUCCUCCUACUGCUAGUUUAGUGAACCCGAAAGCUAAUUCGGUUAAUUCUCCGCCGCCGUUAGCGUCGCAACCGUCUACUUCCGCGAUUCCGAUAAUUUCCCAGUCAAAAACUUCGUCUUCUUGCCACAACCAUCUCUGCAAAGAGAAUCCGGGAGCGAUCGCCGGAGUAGUAACCGCCGGAGCUUUCUUCUUAGCACUCUUCGCCGGCGGAUUGUUCUGGAUUUACUCGAGAAAGUUCAAACGCGUCGAGAGAUUUGAUUCUUUCGCAUCGGAUAUCAUCAAAGCCCCUAAAGAAUUCAGCUACAAGGAGCUCAAAGCAGGCACGAAGAGCUUCAACGAGAAUCGAAUCAUCGGACACGGAGCCUUCGGGAUUGUUUACAGAGGCGUGUUACCUGAAACCGGAGACAUCGUCGCCGUCAAACGAUGCAGCCACAGCUCUCAGGACAAGAAGAACGAGUUCAUGUCGGAAUUAUCCAUAAUCGGAAGCCUCAGACAUAGAAACCUCGUCCGAUUACAAGGAUGGUGCCACGAGAGAGGCGAGAUUCUGUUAGUCUACGAUCUAAUGCCGAAUGGUUCGCUCGAUAAAGCUUUGUACGAGUCGCGAUUUCCGCUGCCGUGGGAUCACCGGAAAAAGAUCUUGCUCGGAGUUGCGUCUGCUCUCGCUUAUCUACACAGGGAGUGCGAGAAUCAGGUGAUACACAGAGACGUUAAAAGCAGCAACAUAAUGCUAGACGAGAAUUUCAACGCCAAGCUCGGAGAUUUCGGAUUGGCGAGACAAAUCGAACACGAUAAAUCGCCGGAAGCGACCGUCGCCGCCGGGACGAUGGGGUAUUUAGCGCCGGAGUAUCUUCUCACGGGUCGCGCCACGGAGAAGACGGACGUUUUCAGCUACGGAGCGGUGGUUUUGGAAGUGUUGACCGGAAGGAGACCGAUCGAGAAGGACUUAAAUGCGCAGAGACAAAAUGUUGGGGCGAAUCCGAAUUUAGUGGAAUGGGUUUGGGGCUUGUAUAAAGAAGGGAGAGUUUCGUCAGCGGCUGAUUUAAGGCUUGAAGGUAAGUUUGAUGAAGGAGCGAUGUGGCGGGUGAUGGUAGUGGGCCUGGCCUGUUCUCAUCCGGAUCCAGAUGCUCGGCCCACUAUGAGGUCAGUGGUGCAAAUGCUGAUUGGUGAGGCUGAUGUACCGGUGGUGCCUAAGUCUAGACCGACCAUGAGUUUUAGCACUUCGCAUUUGUUGCUGAGUUUGCAAGAUACUCUCUCCGAUUGCAAUACCUUGGCGUUGAACUCGAGCCGGUCUUCUUCAUGGUCGGUGCCCGAACAUAACGUUGUGAUUCGAAGCGACGAUGACCAUUUGGUAUAG